AUGGCCGAGCCUGCAGAGUUGGACGACCUUGCGCGGGUGCGGCAGGAGCGUGCCGCGGCUUGGAGGGAGCGUGCAGCGAAUGCAGAGCCUGCAACGCAGGAACCACCAAGUCAGCCAGAGGCGGCAGAGCCCCCGACGGAGCCACAGCCCGCCACAGUGGCAGCGGACGAAGCAGAACCAGUAGGGCAGGCAAGCCAAGCACCAGAUGGUACGGCGCCCUGCUGCCGAAUCUGCUUCGAGACAGCGGAAACAGCUGAGACCGGGCGUCUCUUUAGCCCGUGCAAGUGCACGGGGAGCAUGCGCUUCGUGCAUGUCUCAUGUCUGAACAGCUGGCGCGCAGCCUCUUGCAACGCACGGUCCUAUUAUCGGUGUGACGCAUGCCACUACGAGUACCGCCUGCAGCGGCUUUGGUUGGCGGACGUGCUUCUAGCUCCCAGCAUGCAGCUGUCUCUUACCAUUUGUGUUUUCCUUAUCGGGGCCUUGGUGGGAGGCCUGCUUUGCCACCUGCUGGCACCUUGGCUGGUCGAUUGGGCCCUGGAUCACCUUCGACUUUCGGCGUCUGUGCGAUUCUUUUUUUCAGAGGAGAAGGCACAGGGCAACCCGGCUUGCUGGCAGGGCGGCUACACUUACAGGCUCUGCUGUGGCAGAGGCCACCCCGGCAACCCACAGUGCUGGGAUGAUUUUCACAGCUUCGACAGCUGUUGCGAGAGCCCUUCUCAGAUGGUUCUAUGGUUGCAGGCGCUCUUAGUGCGACCUCUGCGAGUUCUGCUGUGUGGAGGAAUGGGCCUGGCCGUGGUGGGCUUUGCCCUGUACCUUCGCAGGCAGUGGAGCGAAGCUUGGCGCCACGAAGGUGGUGCAUGGCAACUGGGCAUGCUGGUGGCCUACCUGUCGUCCUUCGGCUCAGCUUUGGGCCGCUUAGUCGCGGUGGUGGGCUCGGCCGUCGCCCUGAAGGAGCUCUUUCUGGUGCUGAGUGUGCACUGCAAACAGCUGGCCAGUAGCGCCGGGGAGAGAAUUUUGGAGGUUGGCUGA